AUUACAGAAAAACAAUUUAAACGUAAGCAAAAUAACAUCUCACGACGAAGAUAACGUGAAGCGUCAAAUAUAACCUUAUAGAAUUAAUGGCUGCCGGUAUCAUUGAUUUGUGAGGUAAAACAAUUUUAUUUAGCAGAUAAUAUAGCUAGAGAUAAGUAUUGUAAAAACCAAAAAUAGAAAGGAAAGAGUUAAAGAGUGUUAACAGAUGCAAAAACUCUUCGUUCAACCACUAACAGUCACUAAAUCACUUAAUUCUCUUGAGACUUUUAUCUCUCUCUCUCUCUGUUAUUCCCAAAGCCAAAUCAAAAUUCAAGGGAUUCAACCAAAUAAAAAUGCUUCAUAUUUCUUUCGUCAUCGGAAUCUGAAAAUUUCGACGUGACAUGGUUCUUUCCUUCUUGUUUGUUCAUCGUUUGUUUUGUUCCACAACAAUGGGUGCAACGCUAAACCUUGUGUAUGCCGUCACUAUCAUUCUCUUCACAAUCUCAUCAACCUCACAUGGAUAUGAUCCUUUGGAUCCGUUUGGUAAAAUUACCAUCAAAUGGGAUCUUCUUCUGUCGUCACCUGGCCAUCACACGGUACAAGUAAAACUAGAGAACAUGCAAGAGUACCGUCACAUUGAUAAGCCAGGAUGGAAGCUGAGUUGGCACUGGGAAAGCAAACAAGUGAUAUGGGACAUGCGAGGAGCCGAGACUACAGAGCAAGGCAACUGCUCAGCCUUUGCCUCCAGCGGAACACUCCCUCACUGCUGUCUCAGACGACCAACCAUCGUCGACCUUCUUCCCGGAUCUCCUUUCAACUCUCAAGUCUCCAACUGCUGCCGUGGAGGCGUCUUGACCUCUAUGUCCCAAGACCACACCAACCACGUCUCAGUUUUCCACAUGACCAUCGGAAGCUUUCCUGAUGACUCUGGAGAGUUCACUAUGCCUUCUAACUUUGAUAUAGGUGUCUCGGGUUAUAGUUGCGACAAUGCUACCUCCGUGGCUCCUACUAAGUAUAGUACUGAUAAGGGUCGUCGCAAAACGCAAGCUCUAGCAACAUGGGAAGCAGUGUGCGUGUACUCGCAGUUUCGGUCAUCACAAACACCAAAAUGCUGCGUUUCACUAUCUGCCUUCUACUACCGAAACAUUGUUCCUUGUCCUACAUGUAGCUGCGGCUGCUCGAGUUCCCAUUGCGUCAAGCCUGGUGAGAUGCCGCCAUAUCUGGAGCAGAAACAUGAUCCAGAGGAGGAAGUACCGCCUGUGGUGGAGUGUACGAAACAUAUGUGUCCCAUACACAUCCACUGGCAUGUGAAAGUGAACUAUAGAGAGUACUGGAGGGUUAAGAUCACAGCAACGAAUCUCAACACGAUGAAGAAUUACACUGACUGGAACUUAGUUGUGCUUCAUCCCAACUUGAAAAGCGUAGAACAAGUCUUCAGUUUUAACUACAAGUCCUUAACACCUUACCACAACGGCAUCAAUGACACAGGGAUGUUUUGGGGGGUCAAGUUUUAUAAUGAUGUGUUGCUUCAAGCGGGAAAGAUUGGGAAUGUGCAAACAGAGUUGUUGUUAAAGAAGGAUAUGGGGAACUUCAGUUUCAGAGAAGGUUGGGCGUUUCCAAGGAGAAUCUUGUUUAAUGGUGAUGAAUGUGUUAUGCCUUCUCCAGAUGAUUAUCCAAGGCUGCCCGGUUAUGCUUCUUCUUCUUCCUCCUCUGCUGCUUCUAGCUUUGUUACAAUCGUAUUCUGUUUUCUCCUUCUUCUAUUCGUUUGAUUGAAGCGUUUUCAUUGGACCUGCACUGUUUUUGGCCUUUUCAUGAACAACGGUUUGGUUAAGAAAGCUGGAUUUGUUUUGCAUGGAAGAUGAUUAUUACAUUAGGAAGCACGUGAUGUGAUUUGAAGCAUUCAGGUUUCUUUACCAGUUGUGAAUUUUGUUAACAGAACAUAAGACUGAAGGCAUUAUCUUUAAAUUAAUGCUGAAUGCACCAUAAGCAUCUUAUACAUUUAACUCACCGUACUGUAAUCAUAUCACAGAUGUUUUACAAUAAGACUGACAUCUAUAAAUUAGAAAUAACAAUUCUCAUAACAGCUAUUUGAAGUUGUGGAGAAGAACUGAGAGCCUCUUAGUUUUUGAAUAGAGGGCUGAAACUCUAUAAAUGAUGUUAUGUUGCUUACCAUAUAAUAAAGUCUACAAGACUAGCAUUGAUUUUAUUUUGGCUUUUGGCCAAACCGAUUGAUUUUGG